AAUCAAUUAUGUAACUCCGGUUUAAUAGAAGGAUUCACAGAAUGAUGUCUGGUCCUCUUUCCUUUCCUAAAUGACACAUUUUUCCAAGCAUCAGCGUUUUCCACAUUUGAAGUGACCUCCCCAUAGCCUUGCCCUGAAUGUUCAUCUGAUGUGGGAUGCGUAUCUAGAGUAAUCUGUUGGGCUGUGUCUAAGAAAAACUUGAGUUCUUUAAUGUUCUUAACUGUCUCGAUCUGGGCCUCAAGUUGCUGGAUCCUUUCUUCCAUUAAAGUGAACUGUUUGCCUUUGAUGCAGAUGUAGCUCACUAUAUGUUCUGUCAAGAGCCACUCCACGAGACUGUUCCAUAUCCAAGUGACUCAGGUUACCAAACUUUUACUGAACUGUGGUCUUCCUUCUCAAAAUCUCUCAGUUCUCCUGUUCACUAUGCUUUCCCAAGAUUAGUGUUGGAUAAGUUGCCACUGGAACUCAACUUGAUCUUUCUAAUUUAAAUAAACCUUGCAUUUCUAUUUUAUUUGCAAUCUAACUGUUUUAUAUUGAUGCAGUUAUGGGGUAUAUGUAUUUGUCAUAUGCUUUGGUAUAUGAUUUUGUGUAUGCACAAGGAGGUAUAUGUAUACAGAGUCUAAUAGAGAAAUUUUCAGAGUUGCCUUGCUCUACUUUAGAGAUCUAUUUUGAUGACUUAAAUCCUGUUGUAGAGGGGGUUCAGCGGAUAUGUGCUUCAUCAGCAACAGGAAACCAUUGAUAAUUCUCAUAAGUAUGCUUUGCCACCAAUAACACAACCACCAAGUUGCGUUUGACACUGAGCAGACAACACUCUACCAAGGAAAGGGAGAACAUCUAUCUAUAUAGCUCUCUGAAAGUCUUUUACAUGAACAUCAGCUUCCAUCCAAGGGGUCCAGAAGAAAUCAACUCUUGAAAAAUUUAGAGGACUGUGGAUUUAACUUGUGAAGUACAGCUCCCAUUUUCCAAGCCGCAAUAUUCACAAAGGUAUUGAAGAAAGGAAGCUCAUGGAGACUGAGGAUGAGGAUUAUUAUGAAUAUCUCAGCAAGAUAUCUGAGCAAGACAAGAACGAACGUGAAAUGUUCCUACAAUUUAACAAAAUCUUCUUAGUCUGCAUGUAUUCAGUUACAUGCAUCUUUGGUAUAUCAGGGAAUGCUUUGGUUCUCAUCAUUCUGAUUUUCUAUGAGAAAGUGAAGGUGCUAAGUGACAUCUUUUUAGUGAGCUUGGCUAUUGCUGACCUGUGCUUUCUCUGCACACUGCCAUUCUGGGCGUAUAUGGCAGCAGACGAAUGGAUCUUUCACACUUUACCAUGUAAACUCAUCAGAGGCCUUUACACAAUGAAUCUGUAUGGGUCCAUGCUCACCCUUACUUGCAUAACGAUCGACAGAUAUUUUGCUGUUGUCCAAGCUACUAAAGCUCAUGUCAGCCAAGCCAAAAGAAGAACAUGGGGUAUUGCAGCUUGCAUUUUAGUUUGGGUGAUUUCUCUGGCAUUUGCUAUGCCGCAAUUUAUAUUUAGUACUGAAGCUUCAAAUGGCAAAAAGGUAUGUCACUCAAGUUAUCCUUCAGAAGACACACACAAAUUCACUGAAGUAAUACAGAUGGUUCUUGGAUUCUUCUUUCCCAUAGUGGUCAUGGUUGUUUUCUACUCUAUCAUUGUGAACACUUUAUUCAAAGCAAAGGGCUUCCACAAACACAAAUCCUUACAAAUAAUAUUUGCGAUUGUGGUGGCAUUCAUUUUGACGCAGACCCCUUACAACAUUUUGAAAAUCAUCCGUGCUGUGGACAAGCAUGUUGCUAUGCAUUUCAAUUUCGACUACGGCUUGGUCAUAACCGAAGCAAUUGCUUAUUUCCAUGGUUGUCUUAAUCCUAUUCUCUAUUUCUUUAUUGGUGUGAAGUUUCGGAAGAACUUGGCAAAAAUCCUUAAAAAAUUUGGAUGCAUUAAACACCAACAUAUCACAAAGCAAGGACAAACAACUGAAGAGGAUAUCUCAAAAACCUGCACUGACACACAUAACAUGGAGGAAACAAGCAUGUAUCCAUUGUAAGAGAAUCUAGAACAGUAUUAACCUCUUCAGCACUGUUUUAUUUCUAGGCACCUCCAUUGUUCACGAAAGCAAAUGCCAUGUGCUUGUAGAAGGUGAUUUGAAGACAUGUGUUUGUAUCUCAAAAUAUCUUUAGUUUAUAAGAAUGAUAGAAGUUCCCUGCAAGGAAUUUCUAUGAAACUUUAUUGUACGCUCAUGUCAAAUGCUAUAGAAGUCUGAGAAAAGAUUGAUUUCUGCUCACUUAUGCAGCAAUUUUAUAGAGUUCAGACGUGGCAGUUCAUGGAAAUACACUGUCAGAAUGCAGAUGGUACAAAUAACCUUCCAAGGGAGCACAAUAGGCGUUAUAGAUAAAUAGACUGCAAGCAAUGCUUCAACUUACUUUUCAUAGCAGUAUAAUUUAAAAAGACAUUAAACUUUGACUGUUCAGGCACAAAAAAAACCAAGUGUCUGAAUCAUGUUUCUCUCGUUCAUUCAGCUAAAUUCAUGAUCCGUUUGUUUAUACAUCUAAGUUCAUUCUUUGAAGAAAACAUGCAAUACUGCCUUACUCUGACUAAUAUUUAGACUAUUGCCACAAUGUUUUCUCGUCCAGCUAGCAAUAACUUUCAGAUAUCUUGGGCAAAGGGAUGUUUAUGUCAUACAUGAUUAUCAUAUAUACCUAUGUACCUGAACAGACUGGCAUGGAGUUGUGAUCUGACUAGAACAACCAGGAGACCAAGGUUUAGAUAACAGCUCAGCUACGUAAAACCAAUCGACAUUGUAAAAGUCAAAAACUCUUAGCCUUAGAUCAGUGGUUCCCAACCUUUUUUUGGCUAGGGCCCACUUUGACCAGGGCCCACUCUCCAAAAUUAGUACCAAAAGGGUUAUGAAUCAGUUUUUGGUCAACUUUAGAUUCGGUUUGGUAAUUUGGGGUGCUGAUUCAGCAAAUUGCAUUGGAUAGACCACAUCAGUUCUAGUUUCUGAUAUAGAACAUAUGCCAUCCAGUAGUCGCCAUCUGCUCAUCCAGAGAAAACUAUAUUUAAUAAUCUAGAGCUGAUGUGGUCUGCGGAAAGGAGCGGAAAUAAAAUAAUAAAUAAAUAAAGAGGAAGGAGGUUUGUGGACCGGAUUUUUGUUCUCGCGGCCCACGGGUUGGGAACCACUGCCUUAGAUGAAGCAAUGACAAACUUUCUAUGAAUAAAUUUUCCCAAAAUAUCAUCAUAAAUAGGAGUGGACGUGAAAGCAUAUAAUGACAGGGAUCUAAAGCCAACAUGAACUAUGACAGAAUUUUCCUCCUUCCCCCUUCUACCCAAAGCCCACAUAACUGCCAGGAAAAUGGCUUCAGAGGGUUCCCCAGACUUUGAUUAGAUGGGGAGGGGAUACAGUAGGAAGAAGACAUCAUCCCUUCCCCUGCUACAAAUGGAUUCUGUUGGUCUGGUAGCGAAAGUCCAGUGUUGCAUCCUGCCUUAUGUCUUCUACUUCAAGUAUGCAGGUUAAGAAGCUCUGGAUCAUCAGAUACUUCAACACAGAAAGAAGUCACAGAAGAAUGAUAUUUGAUAAUCACUACAUAUGACCAAA